CACAGUCUCUUUCUGUGAGAUGGAAAUUUGGUUUAUUUAAGCUAGCAUCGAUCAAGGCUUAACCAAAAUCAAUCACUCUCAUCUUUGAAUUAGUUCUAGCUAUAGUUGCUGCCGGUUAUUAAUUUCCAGAAAGAGUAGAAAUUAAGAUCUCUAUAUUGGUGCCUGCAACGUCUUGGAGUGAGCAUCUUUCUGUGAAAAGUUUGGUUUAUCCAUCAAGGCUUAAACAAAACCAAUCAUUUCGAAAAGGAAAAGAAAGAUCUUCUUCAUCUUGAUUUGGUGCCUCCAACAUCUUGAAAAUUUCAAGCCUUCGUCUUAACUACAAGUCAUCCGCGAAGACAACAUUUGAUUGCUGAAAUAUUAGGAAGUUAUCAAAAUGAGAAAAUCGAUGAAGUUGUGGGGAAAACAUAUACAUGAAUCAUUGAAAGCAAAGUUAGAAGAAGGUACAUCAAGUUCGAUGAUUGAGCAAAAUUUCGACCCUUCAUUAUAUCUACAAGUCAUCCGUGAAUUGAUGGAGCUGUAUUACAAGCAACUUGAAGUACGUAUGAUUGCUGAUACAAUAGGAAGUUAUCAAAAUGAAAAAUUUGAUGACGCUGUGGAGUGGAUAAAUGAAGUGGAUAAAUUCACAAAGAAUAUCAAUCUGGAAAAGCCAGAUAAUUUCUUGGGGUGCCAUAACAUGCUACUUAGAAUAAGGAAGAUACGUGCCUCUGCGCCAAAUUUUACUUUCCAAGAUGUGAGAUCUUCCUCAAUGGCAACACUUCCUUUACGUGAAAAAUGCUACUGUGAAAUUUCAUCACUGAUUAAAAUACAUUGUUCUAUGUUGGUUAUUGCUAAAUUUACACCUGAAAGUGGUCCAGAGCGGAUAGCUGAGGUGGGAAAUUUCUUAGAAGAGAUCAAAGUGCAAUUAGAAGAAGAAAAUCCAGAGAUGAAUUCUGAUUGGUACUAUGACAAGUUAGCAGAAACAAGGACGCUAAUUGCCAAGUACGAUCUAUUUUCCCUCCAGUCUCAAGACGUGAGAUCUUCCUCAAUAGCACUGCUUUCUUUACAUGAAGAACUCCGCUGUGAAAUAAGGUCACUGAUUAGCGUGAAAUGUGCGGACUUGAUGGCUGUUGAGAGUAUAUCAACUAAUGAUGAUCUAGAAGAAGAUAAAGUUGAUAAAGAACUUCAUCAGGAGAGGAUAAAUGAAGUGAAUGAAUUCUUAACAAUGAUCAAGCUGGAAUUAGAAAAAAAAAUACCUGAGAAGAAUUCAGAUUGGUAUAGUAAGAAGAUAGCAGAAACAAGGAAGUUAAUUGCCAAAAAUUUUCCAGCAUUUAUCUUCCUAUCUCAAGAUCUGGGAUCUUCCUCAAUAACUAUACCCACGGUGGAAUCAAAAGCACCACCUGCUGAUGACGUGGGUUAUACAAAGGAGCAAUACUUGACUUCGAGCCUGCAACAUCUUCGAUUAGAAGAAGGUACAUCAAUUUCGACGAUGGAGCAGAAUUUCAACCCUUUAUAUCUACAAACCACUCGUGAAUGGUUGGAGCUGCUUUUGAAGCAAGCUGAAGAGCGUCGUAUUGAUGAGAUAUUAGGAAGUUAUCAAAGGCGGUAUCAAAAUGAAAAAUUCUAUGAACUUAUGGAGUGGAUGGAUGAAGUGGAUAAAUUCAUAAGUGAGACCUCACCUGAAAUGUCUGAUAAAAGUUUUGAGACAAAUUCUGAUUGGUGCAAGAACACAAUAGCAAGAAUAAGGAAGCUGCGAGCCAAACAUGGACCAAAUUUAACUUUCCAAAGAGUAAGCGAUGUUGGAUCUUCCUCAAUAAAUAUGCCCACGAUGGAACAACUUUCCUUACGUGAAGAAUUAUGCUGUGAAAUAACGUCGCUGAUUCAAAUAAAUUUUACUCAGUCAAAGUUUUCUAAUAAUCUUCAUGGCUUGAUUGAUGAAGUGGAUGAAUUUUUAACAGGGAUCAAAAGACAAUUAGGAAAACGUCCUGAGACAAAUUCUAAUUGGUGUUUUAAUAUGAUAGCAGAAACAAAGACAUUAAUUGCCAAAUGGGAACCAGCAUUUUCUCUCCAAUCUCCAAAUGUGAGAUCUUCCCCAAUAGCACUACUUUCAUUACAUGAAGAACUCCGCUGUGAAAUAAGGUCAUUGAUUACCAUGAAAUUGGUUGACUACUUGUUAGUUGAUCAUAGUACUCCAGAUUAUCUAGAUAAAUACGAGAAAGCACUACAGGAGCAGACAAAUGAAGUGAAUAAAUUCUUAAUGGAGAUCAACCUGCAAUUAGAAGAAAAAAUUCUUGAGAAGAAUUCUGAUUGGUACUGUAAGAAGAUAACAGAAACAAGGACGUUAAUUGCCAAACGUUAUUCUGCAAUUCCACUAGUCCUACCUCAAGAUGUGGAAUAUACAAAGGAGAGUUAUCAUGUUUUUCUCAGCUUUAGAGGAGAAGAUACUAGAUACGGCUUUACACGUAAUCUCUAUGAUGCUUUGCAAAAAGAGAGAUUCAAGACCUUCAUGGAUGAUGAAGGGUUGCAAAGAGGGGACUCAAUUUCACAAGUUCUCAUGAGGGCAAUUGAAAAUUCAAAGCUUUCAAUUAUUGUUUUCUCUGAAAAUUAUGCAGACUCUAGUUGGUGUCUCGAGGAAGUUGUUAAAAUUCUUGAGUGCAAGCAGAAGAAUGAUCAACUAGUUUGGCCAAUCUUUUAUAAAGUAGAGCCCUCAGACGUGAGGCAUCAGAGAAAUAGUUAUGAAAAAGCUAUGAUCAAACAAGAAACAAGAUAUGGAAAAGAUUCUGAGAAAGUGAAGAAAUGGAGGUCCUCAUUAUCUCAAGUUUGCGACUUGAAAGCUUUUCAUUACAAGGAAAAUAGUGGGUACGAGCGAGCUUUUAUCCAAGAUAUCAUAAAAGAUGUCAUGAAUAUUAGAGAUCGCUUGUAAGCAUGGAUAUGGUCAUGUUGACGAGAAGAAAGAUUUCACCUUUUCGGUGUUGCACAAGAGAGAACUAAUAUAGCAAUGUCAUUUUGAUUCUUUUGCUUUGCUGGUUGUUCUGUUUUUGUUUUGUUUUUUUUUCUGGCUAAUUGAGUGAACAUGUUUGCUACUCUGUUUUGGAGCAUUGUUGAAUUACUCAACUACUGUUUAGUGGCAUUGUAAUAUCAGAUAUGAGAUUUGUUAUUAAGUUAUCUGAUGUGAGUGUACCCUUAAA